UAUAGAUUACUUCGCACAAAUCAUACAGGUUUUGUAGUUGUUAUGGUGUAGUUAAUUUGAGUUUUGAUGAUUGGCAGAGAUUACAGAGAAUGCUCAGGAUGUGGAGAUGUUUCUGGCUCAGCAUGGACACCGCUACACCAAGAUCAGAUUUACUUUUACCAUUGAAUCUGUGACCCUUUCAUUACUUACAAGUGCACAAGGGACAAAGGAAUCAUUGCUCUCGGAGGAUGAAUCCAUGGAGAGCCUGACAUCAUCUUCGUUCAAGGAGCUGUCCCCCCAACCUGGGACGAGUGACGCACUUGCCUUGCCUCGUGUAAGUCUUGGGGAUACAAGAGGCAGCAGAAGAUCUCUGCCUCACGUGACAGGUGAUGUAGCUAUGCAAGAAUCAGGAUCAGUGGCUCAUGGCAGAGAGCUGGCAGAGUUCAGCUUGAAGGUGGUGACGCUAAAGGGAGAAAUGUGCUCAGAUGGAUCGCUGUCAGCCAACCUGGUGCUCUUCGACUGUAUUCUGCAAGACACAAGACCAGGUCAGGAGGGCCACAUCACGCGAAUGAUGAGAAGGAAACCGCAGACAGGCAAGAAUGGCAUGAUAGACCUCACCUACCGCCAGGGGCCCUCUGGGGAUACCUUUAUUGACAUGCGCAUUUCUGGCUUCGUGUUGCUUCUGCACCUUCCGUACCUGCUGAGAAUCCAGAGAUUUUUCACGGACAAUCUGCCGCAGAAACCACAGGAACCCUCACCUCCUCCUUUGGCAGCUCCUAAGGCCAAGGAUUUCAAGAGACAGAAGGUAGUUCAUUUAUAUAUCUAUGACUUAUUCUUUAUUCUGAAAGUCAGAAGGAAAGAUCACUACCUGUAAAUGAGAAUAAAAAGAAAAAAAGC